AAGGCCUGCCACGGCUACCUCCCGCCCAAAGCCGUCGCCUGCCACCAAUGGAGACCACCGCCUCAUGGCGCCUCCUCCCUCCAGGCUCCUCGCGACUUCCCGCUCUCCUCCAACACAACCGGCAAGCACCCUCACCUUCGUUUCUUCAACGCCCGGUGAACUCCAACUCCAGGAUCCUCUGCCUCCUCCAUGACAAGCCUGCCCCUGCAGCCCAGAGCUCGGUACAGCUGCAGAAGCUGGUCACCGUGCUGCAGUGCGGCGCCGUCUGGGCAGCAGUGGAGGCCCCGGCUGCGCUGGCGACGGUGAGCGGGGAGGAGGACCUCGACCUCCUGGGGAUCCUGCCGCCGAUCGCGGCGAUCGCCUUCGUGUACCUCUUCAUUGCUCCCCCGAUCAUCAUGAACUGGAUGAGGCAGAGGUGGUUCAAGCGCAAGUUCCUCGAGAUGUACCUGCAGUUCAUGUUCACCUACCUCUUCUUCCCCGGACUGAUGCUCUGGGCACCGUUCGUCAACUUCAGGAAGUUCCCAAGGGAUCCAACCAUGAAGUACCCUUGGUCCAAGCCCAAGGAAGGUACCCCUCUGUACAAGGACAGAUAUCCACAAAUCGAGACAUUCAGGGAGAGAUUCUACAAGGAGUAGUAUACAUGUAAGAUAGAGAAAUGGAUUGUCAAGAGCAAUACUUGUUUAUAGAUAUCAUGUGUAACACACACAAAAAAACACGAUCCAACUUGCAUGUCCCAAUAUAGCGCGAUCCAUCAGAAAGGAAAAACUAUGAUCAACGGAAA